CCUUAGUCUUGAGUUGGGACCGCCUAGGUUAAUAUCGUACUUGGAGACAUCAAUACUUAAUGUCGCUCUGCGGUAUUAAGACGUAGAGGACAAUAGCGGAAAAGGAAAUUGAACGACCAAGAUAAGCACUUAGCAUAUAACAGUAGGCAAUCACCGGUCCAGAAGAUCUCAAUUCAAUACACCUCCCCCUCCCCCUCAAGGCCUAAGCCUCUCCUUCGAUGGCAAUGUGUGGUUCAUUGUGGGCCCUCGAGACAGGGGCUGGCUUCCCUGACAAGGCAGUUUAGGCACCUUUGCAUUUUGAAGUUGACUUAACAUCCCCAGGAAAGCUAAAACAGGUAGAAAUCACCCCUUGGAUCCUCUUGUAGGGCUGAUGGGCGGCUUCAAUAAUACCUAUCAUACAACAAAAUGCCGAAUAGUUCGUCGCGUACGAGUAUUGAAUCCGCGGCCGAAGAUCUAGUAUCACCACAAGCAAGAAAUGAAAAUGAAGAAGCAGUCGACCAAGCCAAGCCUCUCCUCUUCCACGAGAAGGACGUGGGAUCACGAUACGCCAAGGCAGAGGUGCUGUCUAAGUACAUACCAGAGCUAAACCCGUCGGACCCACGAGCCGUUACUCUCAGAGUUAAGAUGGCUAAGAAGACGACAAUGUUGAAGAUCCAGUUAAUAAUAUCAUCUCUGGUUGUUGCUGUGAGUACUUCUAUAAUGGCCUGGUCUGUGAUGACGUAUAAUCCGAAUCAUCGCGGCGUGGGCACGUAUUUCUCUGGCAACUGUUCGCGAGCCAGCUCGCUCAAUACCUUCAUCCAUGCCGCGAUGAACAUUCUUUCCAGUCUACUUCUCAGCUCUGGGAACUACUGCAUGCAACUACUCGUUUCGCCUAGUAGGCACGAGGUAGAAAAAGCACAUUCCAGAGGCAUUGCUUUGAGGAUCGGUAUUCCUAACGUUACCAACUUGCGACAUAUUUCUCUUGGAAGAGUAGUUGGGUGGCUAUCCCUUGGAGCCACGGCAGCGCUUUUACAUCUAGUUUGGAACUCGGUCAUAUUCAUGUCGUUACCUCUAGUAUCGAUCCCACGCGCUUUGGCGACAGCUGAUUUUCAAGUGGCAUCAGACAACUGGACUGCCAGCGACCCCUUACCCCAACGUUGGUGGUGGAACAUCCCGCCCGGUGACAGAUGGGGCACCGUUAAAUACGAUCUGGAGCCUGUGUAUACCUUGAAGACUAAUGCGGCGAGCUUGACGCGGCUAGAGCCAAGGGAAUGUAUCAAGGAGUACCUGAAUCCGUUGAACUCUACGAGAGGGGUAUUAGUCGUCGCGCGGAAUAUCACAACCGAGCAGAAUGACGGCUCGUCCCUUCUUGAUGGCUGGAUGAGCGGAUGGGACUACUGGGACGCUGGCAACUACUGGCUGUGUUCUGCAUAUGACCCGGGAGAUUACACCAAAAUAUGCAGUCUAGAAUGGGCUGAUGCAUUGGAUGAUGAUGAUUGGGUAAUAGGGAAGUCUGCUGGGUUCCCAAAUAUCUUGGUCGACUACUGCUUGGUUGGCGAUCGGGCCAACAACGAGCAAAGGUGUGGGCUUCACUACAGCUUACACAUCAUGGUGAUAGUUUGCAUCUGCUCGUCUCUGCAGUGCUUUCUCGUCCUCUGGACGAACUUAUACUUCCGCAAAUAUGACUCAUCAGGAGAAAGUGGAAGACGUCGGCGUGCCUUGGUGACUGUCGGGGAUGCGAUUGCUGAUUUUCUAAACGAGCCAAGUACCCAGCCUGACGGGAUAUCAGAAGAUAUAAAGAGACCCAGGACCACGAAAGGAGCCUUUUACGAACUUCGACUAGCGCAGUGGAAUGAAUCUCAAAGCUACUGGUUUACGGCUGUUGGCAUGAAGACUUGGGUUAUAGCCCUUAUCUUAUUCGCUAUCGGCCUGGCUGUACCGUCUGGUCUUAUUGGAGAGUACAUCAACAGGCUGAAGAGCCAGGGCAUGGAUAUCUCAUUUCUUGAUAUAUGGAGCUUGGGAUUCGAAGUCAAUCCAUCGAUGAUAGGUCACUCGUUCUGGAAGUCCCAGGGCGAAGGGGGAGCGGACAUCAUCGGGAAUGUCCUCGUUGCUAACCUUCCUCAAGUGCUAGUCAGUUUCAUAUACCUCUUCUUCAACUCCAUCUUGACAAGACAGUUGGUGGCUGAUGAGUGGACACGCUUUACCCUCCCCGAAGGCAAGAAGCCGCUCCGCGUGACGUCGCCCGUCGGCAUGCAGCGGUCGACGUACUUUCUCUCCUUGCCCCUGAAAUACUCUGUUGUGCUCAUGAUAUGCUCCAUCCUAUUACAUUGGUUCAUAUCUCAGGGCAUAUUCGUGGUGCAAACCAGCUCCUUUGGUCCCGGAACUAACAGCGAGCGACAUUCGGAGCUCGAUGUUUCAGCUAGGGGAUAUUCGGCGCUAGGCGUCCUCCUGGCUAUUACCUUGGGCGCCGUCUUAGUACUGGCCCUCAUGAUUAACAGUUUUGCUAGAAAGUAUGAGGGCAUUCCAGCUGGCUUUCAGCUAAUAGGGAUGAAUAGCUCUGGUAUCAGCCUAAUGUGCCAACGACCAGAUGGUGAUUCAGACGCUCACUUGUUUCCCGUUAGAAUCGGCGUCGUGCCUGAGCGCGAGAAUGAUGAGGCGGAGAUGCAAGAUAUCCAAGAGGGCCGGCUAGUUUUCUCAACGGCUGUCGAUAUUGAACAACCGAAAGCGGGAUCGUGGUACUUGCAACCUGCUUUAAUAAAAGCGGAGGAGCAGGCAAAGAGCGGGUUUCCCAAGAGGUAAAGGACGGUAUAGUUAGGUAGGCUAGGACCAUCUUCGUGGCGUGGAGGGUAAGAUGAACAUUAUUUACAUUGUUAACUGAACUAUAAAGUUCCUCUUAUUUUGCUGUUUGAUGUCUUUAAUUGAUUAGCGUGUUAUAUAGGAGUCUGCACUGAACUUGGAUUCCGUCGCAUUGUAUAGGAAAGGGGUUGGGCUUGGCUUAGGGUAUAAUAGCUCAUCCAACUAUCUAGUUCUAUGAUUUUUCUGAUCUCUCA